AGUAUGGAGCAGAAAAGAAGUAUUACAGCAAACAAGAACAUACGAACACGAUAUUUCGGGUCUUAAAAAAACAGAAACAGCAACGGGACCAAUUUCAACAAUGAAAACUGUGCUGCUGCUUGGAGACUCGAUUACGGAGCAGGGAUACUGCUCCGGUUGGGUGUCGAACGUCAGCGAUGCCUUGAUCCGCCGCGCAUACGUCGUGAACAGCGGCCUGAGCGGGUACAACACCCGGUGGAUCCUCCAACUGCUUAACGACGCAAAGUCUUAUGACAGUGUCAUCCCUCCGUGGGUGCAGGAGCCUUUAUUUGUCACACUCAUGCUCGGGACAAACGACUCUGCAGAAAACGGUCAAGGAGUCCCGCUUGCGGAAUAUCGGGACAAUCUUCGGGCUAUCGUUGACAUUGUACUGACCAAAGUGAAGCCCGUCGGCGGUGUCUUUGUGCUGACUCCACCGCCGGUCCAGGAAACGCUUUGGAAUUUCCAGCACCCCGAUGGCCGCCGCUCCUACACAGCUGCUCGUUCCUACCGCCAAGCUGCGUUAGAAGUGGCCAGCGAAGCGGGGAAAGUGCAUCCACAGAAGGUGCAUCCUGUUGACAUCCAGCGUGCUUUUCUCGAAUACGGUGCCCCUGGUGCAACGGAGGACGACAUGGAUAAGUUUAAUCCCCAAGGCGCCUGGACCACGUUGAUGGACCCUGACGGAAUGCACAUCAACCCUCUUGGGGGACAGCUUGUGAGCGCGACCGUACUGAGCGCUGUGCGCAAUUCCCCACAAGGUUCCAAGGUGCUUCAAAACGACAAAACUGUGUGGCCGCUACUCAGCUGGGAAGAUAUGAUGGAAAAGCAUGCUGCCCAAGAUAAGUGA